AUAUUCCCCACCACCAGCGCGGCUCACGGAACAACAGAAAGCUCCACCAUCUCCUGUUUCUUCUUCCCUGUCCCAUCCCAAGCAACACGCAAAGGCCGAGCAAACGCAGGGCAAACACAGCCCCACCAGUGACCAGACCAGAGCUCGAAAGCGUGCGAAAGAGCGAGCAAGCAAAUUAAGCGAGAAGUAACCCGGAUUCCUUUCGAUCGAUGGCGGCGGCGGCGGCGGCCAGCGGAGCCCCACCGGCGCCGCUGCCGGUGGUGGGGCAGCAGUUCUGCGCGCCGUACGUGGUGCCUCUGACGGUGACCAAGAAGGCCAUCAGCCUCUCCGACGGCGACUUCGCCAUCACCGACGCCAACGGCGCCGUCGUGCUCAAGGUCAAGGGCGCCAUCUUCAGCAUCCGGAACCGCCGCGUGCUCCUCGACGCUGCCGGCCAGCCCCUACUCUCCAUGCAAGAGAAGGUAUUCAGUAUGCACAACAGAUGGGAAGUGUUCAGAGGGGACAGCACAAAUGCAAGCGAUCUGCUCUUCACUGUGAAGAAAUCCUCAAUGAUACAACUCAAGACAGAGAUGGAUGUCUUCUUGGCCGGAAACACCGCACAGCAGGUCUGCGAUUUCAAGAUCAAGGGCAGCUACUUCGACAGGUCCUGCGCCUUCUAUUUGGGCAACUCCAGUACCAUGGUAGCUCAAAUGAACCGUAAGUUCACUGUUUCAAAUGUACUGCUUGGGAAGGACACAUUUGGUGUCACCGUGUUCCCACAUGUCGACUACGUGUUCAUCGCGACUCUUGUUGUGAUCUUGGAUGAGGUUCACAGGGACAAAAACGAUUGAUGAACACAGUCGCCUCCUGAGCUUCCUUCGGAUCCCGCUGCGGUCAUGUCAUCUCAAGUUGUUAUUGUUCGUACUCUUAUCCGGAUCGAGGGCUGCAUGCACUGUAUAUGCUGCUGCUAGACAGAUUGAGUGUUGAACAUGCUGACUUGUGAUGAUGUUGCAAUAAUGAUUAUUACCGUGUCGUCUGAUCAACGGUUUGGAUUGGAAUUGCUUACUGCGAUAAGUAUGGUUGUUUCUUUAA